GCAUCGUGAUGGGAUUUCGGCUCCAGAGCCCAUGCUUGCAAUGCCAUUCCAACCGCUUGGGCCAUCUUUAGGCCCCAUCGAAGAGCGGGCCUAAACCAACAAAGCUUCAAUGAACUUUUGACGACGUGUGGAUGCCACAUGGUAGCAUGUGGGCCAGGGAUAAGGGGUUAUUGGUUAGGGGUCAGGGGUCAGAGGGCCUCGUGUGUCGGCAUGCCGCCCUCGGCUGAUGUUCCUGUCAGUGUUCAGAUAGCAGAGCUCCGUGUUUGUUUUUCCGCUGCCGGCUGGCAGACCGCCGAGGCAGUUCCUUAAAUCCUUUACAGGAAUCCUGUCACCAUGACCAGCUGGAAUACCAUGAAAACGCGGAUAACCGCAUCAGUGCGGACAACCAACCGCAUGAAUGCCCUGCUGUCGGAAUCCAUGCUUAGCAGGCGGCGGGCUGCCCAAAAUCCUGAGGGGGAAGCCGCCGCCGCCGAAGGUGGGGAGGUCCGCAAGGAGAAACCGAAGAACGACUGGAAGUUUUUCCACACCAACUUCAACAUGGAGAGGGCUCACAAGAUCAUCGAGGAUUGUAUUGAGGAGAGGCUUUUAUGGGAUCGGUUUAGUCGCAAUUACGACUCCUGGCGGGCGCUGCAGCUCGUCGAAGGACUUGCGGCAGAAAUUCGAGACCGGGUCAAGAAACUAAAUCAUAGGAGGCACCGCAUCGUCUGCCUGCUGUCGAUUGUGGAGAAGCAGAACCAGGGCGUCUACCAGCGGAUGUGCCACCUGAUGGACGAGAAGCGGGACAAUUUCACUCAGCUGGUUUUUGAGCGGCCCACGUAUUUCAUGAUUGUGGUCUUGUAUUUGGUCUACAAAGACUAGGUGGUUGGAUCCCCGAAGUUUGUUAAUUAAUGUUGCUAAGUUUAGUUAAGAGUGUUAAAUAAAAAAAAGAGGAAAUACUUGUCAAAAAGUAGAUCACAGAUCUGAAACUUGUAGGCCCCGGCGAGAUUCGAACUCACGAUCUCCUGUUUACUAGACAGGCGCUUUAACCAACUAAGCCACGGCGCCGUUGUGACUUCGGCCGUUCUACUAGUCCAUUUGAGGAAAGGUUUGCUCUCGAGUGGCUUUUUUUU